AAGCAUGUGGGUAUGUACCUAAAAAAAGAGUUUGUGUCUGAAUUAUUCAUCAAACCAUUGCAGCACUACCCCAAAAACCCCCACUCAAGCUGCUGCUUCCACUAUUCUAUGAUAAAUUCAUUUCAUUAAUGGCAUCCAAUACCGAUGAUAUCGCCGCCGGUGCCGUCAACCUGGAACUCGAAGCCAUGAGAACAGAUGAUUGCUCUUGGCAACCUUGCGAAAUCUACUUCAGCCCAAAUGGCGGUGGUCUUGUUGUAAAAUAUGAGGAUAACGAUUCCCAAGAUACAUUAACGAGUGAAAAAGAAGCUCUGAUGCGAAUUCGAGCCCGUUCUCUUCCUCUCCAAGACGAUGACUGUGCUCACAUCAAACCAGGUGAGACUGUUCUUGUCAAUCGAGACUCAGAAUCUGAAGGAGCGUUCUUUGAUGCAGAGGUAGAAAAGGUGAUACGGGUGAGACAUUCAAAGAGGACGAAAUGUAGAUGUAGUUUCAUGAUUAGAUGGCUGAAAAAAGAUGUCAAUGGUGGAAGUUUAACAGUUCCUUCUUCUUCAGUAAUGAGAUUGGCUAACAAAAACAUCAAUAAUCAUCCAACAAUUUCAGCAUUCAUAGAUGCAGUGCAGCUGAGUAACUCAAGUGACUCAGAUAUGUCUCCACAGAUGGACAUUGUCGGUGACUUUGAUCUGGAUCUACAUGACUUGUUAGAAAAACAAAUUGAAGGAAUCAGAAACUCAGUUCAUGGUUCCAAAAAGAGAAUUAGAGAUGAGAUUUCUAUGUUUGAAGAUGUUUCAAAGCCAAAUGGAAGAACACUGCAAGUCGAAAUUUCAACUGAAAAAAAUCAUUCAAGAAGGUCAACCCGGAGUCAAAAGCAAAAGGGUGGACCAAAAAAACAGGAAUCACCUGUAAUCCCACCUCCAACAACUGAAGGAGAGCUUUCAGACAAAAAAUCCCCUCUCAAUCCUCUAGCUGCUCGUGCAGCUCUUGCUUCUUUAAUGUCACAUAAAAGCCUUGAAAUUUCUGUUGAUGUCAAGGAAACAAAAACCUUCAACUCCUCAGAAACAGAAUAUGCUCCAAAACCAGAAAAAUUUGUCAAGAAACUUUUUUUGCCAACUAGUUCAUCUGAAUUGUUGGAAGAAGAAGAAGAAGAUGAAGAUGAUGAUGAUGAUGACAAGAUGAAUAAUACUGAAACAUCAACCAGGUCAACCCGUGCAAAAGUUCAGAAGGUCAAAGUCAAUGUUACUGUUUCUGGUAACAAAGUGAGUGAUUGCAAGAAGCGUACGCGUUCAGCGGUUGGGAAAAAGGAAGAAACAGAGACUAUUGAGACUACAACAGAAAAGGAUACUACUACUUUUCAUGUGCAAAAAGACAAGAAUACCCUUUUUGCCACAUCAUCACCUUAUAACGAGGUUAAGAAUUCGAUUGAUGGGAGAAGGAGUAAGCGUUCAGUGCUUAACAAUGAGGUAUCAGAGCCAACAACCAAAGAAAUUGAGACCAAAUCCACUCCGGGUCCCACUGCAGUAAAGAACAAGAAGACCAAGACAACUGGUAAAACUCAAGAUUCAGGAGGGAAUGUGAUGAGCAAUGGUGGUAAGAAGGGUUUGGUUGAGUUGAAGGCACAAAGGGUGCGGUGUUCACCAAGGUUGAACCCUAAGACAUGAUAUGAUGCUCAAAACAAGGCGUACUCUUUUGUUGUAUGUUUGAUUAAUGAUUAAUUAUUUGCCACUUUGGUAUGUAUGGCAUUUUCCUCCAAGUUGCCAUGAAAAAGGGGCAAACCUAGGAGUGGUAAUAUAAUAUAAUGCGAUAAAAGACUAUGGCUUCAUGGUGAUCAUCAUUAUCUCUCUAGCGUCUUAUGUUGUUGUAUUGUUAUCAUGUAAAAGGGGCUAAACUUGGGAGUGGUGAUAUAAUAUCAUGAAUUUUGAUAAUCA